ACGCGUUCUCCCCCCCUGCAGUGCACCCUCAGCCGCCUUUCUUUAAACACAGGCACAGACACGUAUAUUCUACUCUCUCUCAGCGACCUGUUGUUUUUCUUUGUUUUUUAAAAAAAUAUGACUGUUUCCCCCCACCCUUUGUCUUUUAUAAAAACUUCCAUCAGGUGAGAGGGAGGCAAAGCUGUUUGCUAUGAUUACUCACUUGAAAAUACACUUUGAUCCCUAUGUGCCCCAGACCCAUUUAAAAAAUAUGUUUAUCAUUGCACUUCGAGUCCAGGUUUACCUGUAGUUUAAGAGAGUAUUCAUUUUUAUCUUAAGUCAGUUCUGCAGGCAAGAGGUCACCCAUAUGUGAAAUUAGUUAGUAUUGUGUUAUUUCUACCUAAACCAUUCAUUAUCCUCUGCGAAUGCGUCUUAGUUUCUAGGUUUCCAUAUCUAGUUUUCUUUUCAUAAUUGUCUUUGGAGUGUGAACUUGAACUUAACUUUAUUUUAGUCCAAAGAACUGAGUGUCUGAGUAAGCUCUCAAAACCAAGGAAAUUCAGUGCACGGGGCUCUGUGCUUAUCGAGUUCAUUUUUUUUCCACCAGCCUAAAUCUUACUCAUUUUACAUAAAGCACGUUUGAUCUGUACACAUAUCUGCCGGUUACUUGUGGGGAGACCUGUCUCUAAAAUGCGUCUUUUACAUGUUGUGGAACAAACAGAAUGAGAAAUUGGCCCCUUUUCAGCUCAGAUAACCUCCAGUUUUUGCCCCCUUCCUUCCUUCCUUCUUUCUGAACAUGGCAGUAUUUUGAUCAUCUUCAAUCUAAAUAUUGUUAAAAAAUAGGAUACUGAACUUUUAAAUCACUCUGAUACUUUCUUAUGUUUGGGGGGAUGAUGUGUAAACUUUUUCAGUUUAGGCACCCCUCCACACACACCUUCUGUGUAGAAUGGUAGCUAUUUUUAAAAUUCUCUUUGGGACAGAGCUUUGUUUUACUUCAUGUGUCAGGAUGUAUUGGUGGAAUGGAUAAUGGUGAAAGGAUGAGGUAGGUUUUCUUUGGAAAAUGUUGGGAGGAGAAAAGGGGAGAAAAAAAUUAGAUCUAGGGAAUAAAAUUACCUACUCCGAAAGUAUGGACCUAAGUAAACUGAUUUAUGGAGGUGACCUUUCUAUUUUGCUGUUUCAGUGUCCCUAUAGAUUGUCAUCUUUUCUGUCAUGUUCAUUCAAUAGAGUAUCACAUUAAAAACCCUAAUCCUGGGCCAGAGAAUAGAGAUGGCAGAAGAUGAUGCUGGGAAUGCCCACAUGCAUUAGUCUGCUGCAUGUUUUAAUCUAUUGAAUUUAUUCUAGGUUUGAGACUUGAUUUCAACUUUAUGUUAUCAGUACUACUGUUCCACCUUACGUCACGGUAUAUUUAUUGAAUGCUUACUAUAUGUAAGGUAAUAUAGGAAAUAUAUCUGUAGUGAGGGAUGUGUAGGGAUAUGUAGGUACAUGUAUCACAAGCCCUUUCUCAAAGAACCAAGGAAAAGCAACAAAAAUACUAGAAGAUACAAGGCUGCAGAAAGUUUUAGCAAGAGUUCUAGACAGUUGUGGAAGGGAUACCAUGGUGUAUGCCUCUCUGAAAUGCCAGUGGCAGGAAAGAGUAGAAUUUGCACACUUAAGCUCGUAGAGGCAUUUUUCCAUAACUCGGUAUGACUGUAUUUCUGAGUAUGUCUAAUAAUCUGUGUGUAAUUUUGGCUGGAAGAUGUAAUCAAGAACUUGACUGGGGAAGUGAGGGGGAGGUGGACGAAGGUUAAUGAGUUGUACCCUUAAAGAAGUACUAAAUCGUUCUUGAGUUUCAGGCAGCUGUGGAUUGUUUUCAAGUCUAGUUAGUUUAGUUUGUAAGUCCGUGUUGAGUUAGCAAUCUGAACUUUUAAGUCCAAAUGUGGUAGAUACAUUGCAUAAACCAAUCUAUAAAAUAAUAUAAAAUACAUGGUUACUUAAUGUGUUAUUUGCAUGUCUCCUUUUUCACACCAAAUUUUUGUCAAGUCUUAAUAAUAAUUUCAAAGAGUAUUUCCAGAAUAAGUAUAUAUGCUGAGUUUCCUGUGUAAUUAUUACAGAAAACUCAUGGUAAUGAUAAUAUAAAAUGGAGAAACGACACUAAUUUUUAAUCUAAAAAUUUAAUUCAGUCUGUAGAGAGGAAUUAAAUUGUUCACUGUCCGUAUAAGUGGGAUUUUGCUGCAGUUACAUAAAAUUAACUAGCUCUCUUCAAACUUUGUGUAAAAUUAAAUAUGAGACUCAGUGGGUAAUGAGAUGAUGUGUACUGUUAGCUCCUAAAAUAUUAUAGUACUUAUCUGUUUAAUAAAGUGGUUUGAAUUAUGAAGUUGAAUUUUACUUGGCAGAUAAAGUCAGUUCAUUGCUCUGUACUGCUGUUUCGUUUGUUCACUCAUCGAGGGGUUAAGAGCAGUGGCUAUAGGGCAGCGAUUUUCAAACCUUAUGGUCUCAGAAUCUUUUACCCUUAAAGUAACUGAUGACCCCAGAGAACUUUUAUUUAUGUGUGUCAUAUAUUUUGAAAAUUUUCUGGGUUAGAAAUAAAACAUUUUAAAAUCGCUUAAACAGAUAAAGAGCUACCUGUGUUAGCAUAAAUAACAUUUUUAAUGAAAAAUAACUAUUUCCCAAAAUAAAAAAUUGCAGUGGGAAGAGUAGUUUAGUUUUUUUUGCACAUUUGCAGAUGUCUUUAAUGCCUGGCCUAAAAGAGGGCAGUUGAAUUCUCCUGGGCUUCUGCAUUCUCUUUGUUGCCAUACAUUGUUUCGGUUUAAGUACUGGAAGAAAUCUGCCCACAGAGAGACACCCUCAGGGUCCUUGGACCAAACUCUGAGAACCUCUGCCAUAAAGAAGACCAAGGAGUUCUAAAAAAUUCUAGGCUGGCAUAUAGUCUUGUUUUUUUCCUGCCCUUCCUUCUAUGUUGAACAAACAUGUUUUUUAUAUCAAGUUCAAAAAGCAGGGACUUAUGCCGGAGGGAGUGUGAGUGUGUGUGGAUUGUUAUCGGUGAGCCUAAAACUGGUUCAUAGAUAGUUUAUGUUUAUUUUUAGUGACAGAUUAUUCCAUUUGCUGGUUUAAGGUUUUAUGGUAGGAAAACAAAUGAACCUUAAUGUAACCUGUUUAAUGUAAAACCCAGGAAAUAAAGGUGCUGAGAACAGAGAGAAAAUACGGACACUAUUUUUAAGUUUCUUGUUUCUGAAAGGGAUGAAUGAUAAAGCUAGUAACUUUUGAGAGGUGUAUUUUGCUGUUUGGCUGUUUUCUAAUUCGCAAACCUUUUUUUUUUCCUAACAUAAGCCUAUUUACCAGAGUGCUACUACUGAGCAAAAAAAUGACCUAACAAAAGCCCUUACUUCUUCAGGAGUAAUAAAAACUUUAGAUAUCCCAAUUAAUUUAAAGAUGAAUUGCACUAAAUUUUGGCUGAAGGGAAUGCACUUUAGAUACGUCUACUUGAAAGACCUGGAGUUAGAGAAUUGACACGGAGUUGUAUGGGUUUUAAGAAAAAUGGUAGAAUGGAUGUUUAAAUACUCAUUCAUUUAGCAUAUUUAUUGACCACUUACUAUGUGCCAGGCACUGGCUGAGGCACUGCGUAUACUUGCUGCCAUUUUGCAGUGAUAGCUUUUAAUGUCAAAGUCAAAUUAUGUGUUGAACGAAAAGCACUGAAAUAUCUAACUCAUGUGAUCGCUAUUUGGAACAUUUGGAAGAGGGAGGAGACUUGAGGGGGCUAUGUGGGAGAGACUCAGGACAGGGACGAUCUGUAGACCUAAGGCGGGUUCCUAGUGGACUUCAGAAGGUCCUGGGACCCCUCUAAAAUUGUAUGCAGAGUGGGUCAGUGCUCUUACAUAGUGCUGAGGAGAGAUCAUAACAUGCAUUAAAUUCUCCAAAGGGGUUCCUGGCCCAGAAAAGUCUAAGCACUUUUCAUCUACUUCAGAGGUCAAAAUGGUGCGUCACCAUCAUUUUCUCAAUAAGACACCAAAGUAAGGAGGUUGGGUGUCUUUGGUCAUAUAGUUAAUUAACAGAGGUGGAGAUUUAGAUCAUGUCUUUCUGAGGGACCCUGUUGCCAUUCCUAUAACAUUUCUAAAAUUAUGUUCACAUUUAGAACUUAUUUAAAAGUAGUUAUGACAGCCAUCACUUUAUUUAAUGUAAGGGGGUGUCUUUAUCUUUUUCUUUUCUAGCUGUUGUACUUCACUAGUUUAUUGGCAGAGGUAGGACCAGAUCCUAGUUACGGACCACCCAUCCCUUCACUCUUUUCUAAGACGACACUCAGCAGUAUAGAGAGCAAGGAGGAAAUAAGGUGUGAGGCUUGCUUUGGGGAAUACUUCACUCUUGGCCUGUUUCUGAAAUUUUAUUUUUUUGAAUGUCACAGCGUCUCCCAGCGGCUCUUCAGGACCGCGGCACUGUGGGUGUGGGGGGAAAAGGGACAGCGAUAGAAAGAACAUGGGUUUUGGACAAAGGCAGACCCCAGUGGAGUUCUGGCUGCACAGGCAAGAUUUCUCAUCCUUCUAUAAAGUGGUGAUGGUGGCUGUCUGCAGGGUGAGGGUUUAGGGACUGCAAAUGGGAAGUCGUCAGACAUACCGUAGCAAGCCUUUAGGAAAGUCCUCCCUGACUCUACCUGCAGGGUAGCCAGACAACAGUAGAUGCGUUGUUAGUCACCGUCAGCGUAGUUACUUGUGGUUUCCUUUUUAAAAAAUGUGUGAGGCUGUUGUGGAGGUGAGGGCUCACAUGACCGGUGACCAUUCCUAAUGAUUCUUAGUGUGUCAGCAUCACAAAACCCAUCCCAGCCUCUUAGGAACUUGAUCAGUCUCACGGUGCUCGAAUUCAUCAAAGGUAAACAGGGACCAGGAGGAGGUGUUUUCGCCUAAAUGUUGUUGACCUGACUUAUGUCAAGGAAUUGCCUGGAGAUAAAGGAUAAAACUGAAAUGAAUCACCUGAAAUCUCAAUAUUCAGGCGCAGCGGAAAACAUUAAGUUUUCUUAAGCGGUUGCCUCAGUAGAUUUUUCUUUUGGCAGAAUUUAAAACUCUGUGCUUAAAAACAUAGAUCUUCUGGGAAAGCCAGCAUCACUGCCACGAGAAGGGUGACCCCCUGAAGGAAGGAAAGCACUGGCAGCUUCUUGCUUGUCGGGAGUGGCGUGUUCCUGUGCCAGUUUCAGGACCUUUUCUUGCAGUAGAAGCAUCUCAUCAGGGGCUGAAGAAUGACGAGCACUUCGAAAACAUGCUUCUAGAAAAGAGUAACUCCCUCGUGGUCCCAGACAGUCUAAGAGGCACAGAUAAACGCAGAAAUGGACCCGAGUUUUCCAAUGACAUCAAAAAAAGAAAGGUGGACGAUAAGGACUCCAGCCACUAUGACAGCGAUGGUGACAAAAGUGAUGACAACUUAGUUGUGGAUGUGUCUAAUGAGGACCCCUCGUCUCCACGAGCAAGCCCCGCCCACUCACCCAGGGAAAAUGGGAUCGACAAAAACCGUCUGCUAAAGAAAGACGCCUCCAGCAGCCCGGCAUCCACCGCCUCCUCGGGAAGUUCCACUUCUUUGAAAUCCAAAGAAAUGAGCUUGCAUGAAAAAGCCAGCACGCCUGUUCUGAAAUCCAGCACACCGACACCUCGGAGUGACAUGCCAACGCCGGGCACCAGCGCCACUCCAGGACUGCGUCCAGGCCUCGGCAAGCCUCCAGCCAUGGACCCCCUCGUUAACCAAGCGGCGGCCGGCCUGAGGACGCCCCUGGCGGUGCCGGGUCCGUACCCUGCGCCUUUCGGGAUGGUGCCCCACGCGGGCAUGAACGGCGAGCUGACCAGUCCCAGCGCCGCCUACGCCAGCCUCCACAACAUGUCGCCGCAGAUGAGCGCGGCCGCGGCCGCGGCCGCCGUGGUGGCCUACGGGCGCUCCCCGAUGGUUGGGUUUGAUCCUCCCCCUCACAUGCGUGUACCUACGAUCCCUCCAAACCUGGCAGGAAUCCCCGGGGGCAAGCCCGCAUACUCCUUCCACGUUACUGCGGACGGUCAGAUGCAGCCUGUCCCCUUCCCCCCGGACGCCCUCAUUGGCCCCGGCAUCCCCCGCCACGCUCGCCAGAUCAACACCCUGAACCACGGGGAGGUGGUGUGUGCGGUGACCAUCAGCAACCCCACACGACACGUGUACACGGGCGGCAAGGGCUGCGUCAAGGUCUGGGAUAUCAGCCACCCCGGCAACAAGAGCCCCGUCUCUCAGCUCGACUGUCUGAACAGGGAUAACUACAUCCGUUCCUGCAAAUUGCUCCCUGAUGGCUGCACUCUCAUAGUGGGAGGGGAAGCCAGUACCCUGUCCAUUUGGGACCUGGCGGCUCCCACCCCGCGCAUCAAGGCAGAGCUGACGUCCUCGGCCCCCGCCUGCUACGCCUUGGCCAUCAGCCCCGACUCCAAGGUCUGCUUCUCGUGCUGCAGCGACGGCAACAUCGCCGUGUGGGACCUGCACAACCAGACGCUGGUGAGGCAAUUCCAGGGCCACACAGACGGGGCCAGCUGUAUUGACAUUUCUAACGACGGCACCAAGCUCUGGACGGGCGGCUUGGACAACACGGUCCGGUCCUGGGACCUGCGUGAAGGGCGGCAGCUGCAGCAGCACGACUUCACCUCCCAGAUAUUCUCCCUUGGUUAUUGCCCAACUGGGGAGUGGCUGGCCGUGGGCAUGGAGAGCAGCAACGUGGAAGUUCUCCAUGUGAACAAACCUGACAAGUACCAGCUGCAUCUCCACGAGAGCUGUGUGCUCUCCCUGAAAUUUGCUUAUUGUGGUAAAUGGUUUGUGAGUACUGGAAAAGACAACCUCCUCAAUGCUUGGCGGACACCCUAUGGAGCUAGCAUAUUCCAGUCCAAAGAGUCCUCAUCCGUGCUCAGCUGUGACAUCUCUGUGGAUGAUAAGUACAUAGUCACUGGCUCAGGGGACAAGAAAGCUACAGUCUAUGAAGUCAUCUACUGAAAACAUUAUGUGGUUUAACGUUUAUAGUUGAAUUGGGCCAAAAUGUUUUGAAUUUGUAGAAAUAGAAAAGUUGUAACUUUAAAAACACAAAAACCUGUUUCCAAACCUUGACACAAAACUACUUUGCGUCUACAAAGAGGAGGCAGUGAGCACAUCAACAGAAGGUCACCUACCUACCUAGACCAAAUGGAGCACCGAGGCAAAGUGGACAGAGGGGUGAGGGUUGUGGGCUUGAGGAAUGGAGCCCGCUGACCCGGGCAGAGUCCAUCCUUUUCUUUCUGUGAGAUCUGCCGCGAUUACCUUUCUGUUCCUUGCCGUUCCCCUCCUGUCUGUCCGUGGUAGAGCAGUGGUGUCUCCAAUGAACUUGUUUCCUCGUUUUGCAUCUUGUGAAAUGUUUUUUUGUAUUUUUGUUGAAGGUUAAACAUUUGUAUAAAUUGUAAAUAUAUUUGGUUUAUUACAGUAAAGGCUUUAGUACCAAUAA